ACAAAACAAUAAUAAAAAUGAUUAACAGAUCUAUUUUAAUUAAAAAUAGACUUUCGUUUUUUAAAAGUUUAAAAAAAAAUGAAACUAUAUUAUCAUCAAUUAAUAUAAAUUCUAAUAAUAGUAUAAAUGGAACUAGUAGUAAUAAUCUUUUUAAUAUAAAUAAUAUCAACAGUAAUAAUAAGAAUAAUAAUAAUAAUAAUAAAAGAUUUUAUUCAAAUUAUUCAAAAAUGACAAUUUUUGAUUCAAAUAUAAAAAAAAUACAAAGGGAUAACUCUGUUACAAAUGUUGAUAAUCCAAAAGAUUACGAUUAUUUAUUCGAAGAAGUUUCUGAUAGAUUGGCUGAUAGAAUUUUGGAUAUUAAAGAAUAUAAAUGUAGUAAGGUUUUAGAUUUUGGUUGCAGAAAUGGAUUAUUAUUAAAAAAUAUUGAAAAAAGAGGUGUAAAAUUUGAUUCAUAUUAUAUGGUUGACUCAUCCAAAGAAUUAUUAUAUAGAGAUCAAAAUGAAGAUGAUAAAUAUGAAGUAAAACCUACCAGAAUUCUUUUAGAUAGUUUAGAAGAAAAGUUACCAAUCGAAGAUCAAAGUUUGGACCUUAUUGUUAGUAAUUUAUCAUUACAUUGGAUCAAUGAUUUACCAGGUGUAUUUGGUAAUUUAAAGAGAUUAUUAAAACCAAAUGGUGUAUUUUUAGCAACACUUUUUGGUGAAGAAACCUUAACCGAAUUAAAAGAUGCAUUAUAUUUAGCAGAGAUUGAAAGAGAAGGUGGUUUUAGUCCUCAUGUUUCACCCUUUACCAAAAUUAGCGAUAUUGGAAAUAUUUUAUCAAAAAAUAGAUUUUCCCUACCUACAGUUGACACAGAAAAAAUUAUAGUAAAUUAUGACAAUAUGUUUAUUUUAAUGAGAGAUUUACAGAAUAUGGGCGAAAAUAAUGCAAUUUUAAAGAGAAGAAAUUUUACAAGUAAAGAUACAUUUUUAGCAGCAUCAUCCAUUUACAGUCAUUUAUAUGGUAAUGAAAAUGGUUCUAUUCCAGCAACUUUUCAAAUUAUAUUUUUAAUUGGUUGGGCCCCACACGAAUCACAACAAAAACCAAAAGCCAGAGGUUCUGCCACAAGACAUUUUAGCGAGUUGGAUAGUUCAGUAGGUUAUAAAUUAAACAAUUCAUCAAAUCCUGUAAAAAUAGAUCAUAGCAUUGAAAAUUUAAAUGAAAAUAAUAAACAAGAGCAUCAGAAACAACCAAAUCAAGUAAUUGACGAUUCAAUUAAUGAACCUUUCCCACAAACUGAAGAUUUUAUAAUUAAAAGAUUAGAUUUCCAUGGUAAUUUCCAUUUCGAUAAAAAAGUAACACCUAAUAAUGAUGGUAAUAAUGAUAAUAACAAUAACAACAACAAUAACAAUAAUCAAAAAGAUAAUGGAAACGAAAAUACAGAUAAUAAAAAAUAAAAUAUGGUCGACAAUUUUUUUUUUUU